AUGGCAGCGACGACUGUAGUGGUUCAGCAGGCGCCAAAGGUUGUACCUAAGAUCACUUCAUGGAGUAGUGGACUGUGCCACUGCUGCCAGGACAUGAGCUCCUGUUGCUAUGCAUUCUGGUGCUGCCCUUGCUUUGCUUGCUCCACAACAUCCAAGUUUGGUGAGAACAGCUGCCUUCCUCUGGUGGAUAUUUGUGGCCCAGGACUAAUGUCGGCUUUUGGGAUGCCUGUUUGUGUGCCACCGGUCACUCUGUCCAUGCGGGUGGCAAUGCGCUACAAAUACCAAAUCUCGGGUGGCAUUUGUGAGGACAUCGCUAUCUCUUGUUUCUGCAUUUGGUGCUCUUGGUGUCAGAUGAACAGAGAGAUACAGCACCGCCAAAGGCUCGCCACGGCAGUCAACGCCCAGCAAGCGGCCCCAAUCAUAACCAUGGCCCCUAUUGUCACCACAGUCCAGCCGACUGCAGUGGUGGUCAGUGCAAUGUAG